GAUGCAGGGGUUCAAGCUGGUUACUAUAUUUGCCGUCGUUCUGAUGUCAGUGAACUCGAGCAGACCAUCUGGCCAACCAAAUAUUGUGUUUAUUCUGACCGACGAUCAAGACAUUGUCCUUGGUGGCAUGGAGCCCAUGGAAAAAACAAAAGAGCUAAUAGCUGAAAACGGUGUAACAUUUACUAACGCUUUUGUUAGUACUCCUAUAUGUUGUCCAUCAAGAUCCUCAUACCUAACUGGUCACUACAUUCACAAUCAUGGGGCAGUCAAUAACUCUAUUGAAGGAAAUUGCGCAGCCCCUGGUUCUGGUUGGCAAGAAGGGCCAGAAAAACAAGCAUUUGCUGUUCAUGCCAAACAGAAUGGCUACAACACAGGAUACUUUGGCAAAUAUCUGAAUCAGUAUGGUUUAAAUCACACAGGUGGAGUGCAGUAUAUUCCCCCUGGUUGGAACGUGUGGAUGGGACUUGUUGGAAACUCAAAAUAUUACAAUUACUCUGUGAGUUUCAAUGGAGUCGAAGAGAAACAUGGAGUUGAUUACUACACAGACUACUUUACAGACCUAAUAGCCAAUCGUUCAAAUGAAUUUAUUCGCAAUGCCACUAAAAAUCAUCCAGACCAACCAUUUCUGCUUGUGGCUGCCACUCCUGCUCCUCAUGGUCCAUUCACUCCUGCACCUCAGUACAGUAAAACGUAUGCUGGACGACAAUCUCCUCGUACACCUAACUGGAACUUCCAUUCAAGUGACAAACAUUGGCUAGUCAGAGAACAAGCCAUAAUGGAUGCGGCUACUGUUAAUCAUAGUGACAUGAUCUUCUGUAACCGGUGGGGAACUCUACGUUCUGUCGAUGACCUUGUGGCUGGCAUUGUUGACACAUUACAAGACACAAACAGUCUACAAAAUACCUACAUCAUAUACUCAAGUGACCAUGGCUUUCAGAUGGGACAGUUCUGCAUUCCGGGUGACAAACGAGAACCAUAUGAGCAUGACAUUCGCAUUCCAAUGUUGGUACGAGGACCAAAUAUACCAAGAAACAAGACAAUCGACUCUAUUGUUCUCAAUAUCGACAUUGCACCAACAAUCAUAGAAAUGAGUGGCUCAAACUCAUCAACUCUUGACGAUAUCGAUGGCCGAUCUUUCUUAACACUAGUCAGUACAAAUGUCACUAAGACUUGGAGAAGUGAUUUUCUUGUGGAUUAUCAUGGAGAGGGCCACCCACCAUGUGGACUAAGUAACUGCCCACCUCCUCAAAAAACUAGAUUCCAUGAAAUAGAUGCCACGAACAACACAUACACAUGUCUUCGAACAAUAAGUGACACGACAAAUGACUAUUACUGUGAAUUUACUCUCACUGGAUAUUCAGAAUAUUACAAUCUCAAAACUGACCAAUGGCAACUGAAGAACACAGUACAUCAGUUGAGCAACGAACAUCUCAUGCAGCUAAAGAAAAGACUCAACCAACUUCGAACAUGUCGAGGUUCUACCUGCCACCAGUAAUUGUUGUAUUAAAAUCACAGAC